AUGAGCAAGAAACGUAGCAAAAAAGACGAUAUACCUUAUUGCAUGGUAGUACGGAUGAGACUGUGGAAUAAGUUGUUUUGUGUUCCUCGAGAAGCCACAAUGAAAUAUCUACCAGUCAUUGGCUUGGAAAUACAUGCUCAGAUAAUGAUCAGAACGAAAUUAUUCUCAGCGGUAGCAUUUGAUGAUGAUGCCCAUGCAAAUUCAUCUGUUGCACUGUUUGAUAUGGCAAUGCCUGGUACUCUUCCGGUCCUCAAUAAAACUGCCUUAUUGAAAGGUAUAACGGCGGGUUUGCUGCUAAAUUGUACAAUACCAGAAAGAUGUCAGUUUAUACGCAAACAUUAUUUCUAUGCAGACAUGCCAGCUGGCUAUCAAAUCACUCAACAAGACCAUCCUAUUGCUCACUCUGGUUUCUUUGAAUUCUACGUCCAUUCUAAUGAUAAGUCAUUUGUGCCAUACAAAAAGCGUGUAGAUAUUAUAAGAAUUCAACUGGAACAUGACAGUGGCCGUUCAAUUCAUGAUCUUAGCAACAAUCGCUCACUGAUCGAUCUCAAUCGAGCCGGAGUUGGAUUAUUAGAAAUAGUAACUUCGCCAAGUAUGAAUUCCGCAUUAGAAGCUUACUGUUUCACUGAACAACUGCGUUUGACUCUCAUGGAAAAUGAUCUGUGUGGAGGAGAAAUGCAAAAAGGCCAGUUUCGAGUGGAUGUUAAUAUUUCACUUUGCAACAAUAACACCGAUGGUAAAGGUAUUCGAACUGAAAUCAAAAAUUUAAAUAGCUUACGUAUGGUUCAUACAGCUGUCAACAAUGAAAUAGAUCGACAAUACGAAAUCAUAAGAGGUGGAGGGACAGUAUUGAAUGAAACACGAACUGUUGACCGUUUUGGCUAUACAGUAGCAAUGAGAGAAAAGGAAAUUGAAACGGAUUAUCGUUUUAUACCCGAACCGAAUCUUCCACCUGUUCAUAUUAAGCAAGAAUGGGUAGAGAGUUGUCGUUCAAUGCUUUCCAAACCGUGUUACUUGAAGAACAUUGAAGAAUAUGGCAUGAAGCCGGAAGUCGCACUACAAAUUGCUAAUCAAAAAACCCUCGCAAUAUUUGUUGAAAUGAUUUUAAAUGCAUCUGACGAUGCUACAAUAGCACCUCUAUUAGUCGAAUGGACCUAUCUGUUGCAAAUGAUUUGUCGUAACUGCAACAAAAAAUUCCCUACAACACAAACGCCUUUCAUAAACCAUUUUGUGGAAGCAGUAUAUCUUUUUCACACUAAACGAUUAACCAGGCUAACAACUUUUGAUCUAUUACGAAGAUAUAUAGAAGCAGAGUUAGACAAAUCGCCGACUGAGAUUAUCAGUAAGGAAAAUUUAUGGCGAAUACACGACAAAGAAAAAAUUUUGCAUACUGUUGAGAAGAUUAUACGUGAAAAUGAUAAACUUGUCGUAAAAAUACAGAAAAGUGGAACGAAAAAACACAUUACUAAAUUGCGUACAGCUGUACUUAAUGAAUGUAAUCGACGAAUUGAAGUUGAUGAAAUAAAUGAAAUAAUUAGGCAAAAACUUUUAGCAGGAAGUUAA